AUGGCUUCUUCGUCUCUCUGUCCCAAACACGCCCUUACUCUUUUCACUUCCACCAAUCACCGCCGCAACAAAGUCAUUUCGCCGGAAUUAUCUCUCCGGUUCCAGCCGUCCUGUUCUUUCGGUUCAUCACGGUUUGUUGCAUCAAUUGUCUCGAUUAAUAACAAUAGUAAUAAUGUGAAGCAUAGAUUGAUGGCGUCGGGGAGUUCAGCUGCUGCUCCAGUUAUGGAUCAAUCGCCUAGUCAAACCACUUCUUCUCCUGCAGUUCCUACAAUUGUCGAGGUCGAUUUGGGAAAUCGGAGCUACCCAAUUUACAUUGGUUCUGGCCUUCUCGAUCAACCCCAACUUCUUCAAAGGCAUGUUCAUGGCAAGCAAGUCCUAGUGGUUACUAACACCACAAUCGCACCACUGUAUCUUGAAAAAACUAUUCAGGCUUUGACGGAUGGAAACCCUAAUGUCAAGGUUGAGAGUGUGAUUUUGCCAGAUGGAGAGCAAUUCAAGGACAUGGAUACUCUCAUGAAAGUCUUUGAUAAAGCAAUUGAGUCACGGUUGGAUCGCCGCUGUACAUUUGUUGCUCUUGGAGGCGGAGUCAUUGGUGACAUGUGUGGAUAUGCUGCUGCUUCUUACCUCCGUGGAGUUAAUUUCAUUCAGAUUCCUACCACUGUUAUGGCACAGGUGGAUUCUUCUGUUGGGGGUAAAACUGGAAUAAACCACCGGCUCGGUAAAAAUUUGAUUGGUGCAUUUUACCAACCACAAUGUGUGCUCAUAGACACCGAUACACUGAACACAUUGCCAGAUCGAGAAUUAGCAUCCGGGCUUGCAGAAGUCAUCAAAUAUGGGCUUAUCAGAGAUGCUGAAUUUUUUGAGUGGCAGGAGAAAAAUAUGCAGGCAUUGAUGGCAAGGGACCCCAGUGCAUUUACUUAUGCCAUCAAGCGUUCGUGUGAAAACAAGGCUGAGGUUGUGUCCUUGGACGAGAAGGAAAGUGGAUUGAGGGCAACCUUGAAUUUGGGACACACUUUUGGUCAUGCAAUCGAGAAUGGUGUUGGAUAUGGAGAGUGGUUCCAUGGAGAGGCAGUCGCUGCUGGCACGGUCAUGGCAGUCGACUUGUCAUACCGGCUUGGUUGGAUAGAUGAUUCUCUUGUAAAGCGGGUGCAUAAGAUCUUAGUGCAGGCAAACUUACCUACAGCACCUCCAGAAACUGUGACUGUAGACAUGUUUAAAUCUGUAAUGGCGGUGGAUAAAAAGGUUGCUGAUGGAUUGCUAAGGCUCAUACUACUGAAAGGUCCAUUAGGCAAUUGCGUAUUCACAAGUGAUUAUGAUAAGAAAGCCCUUGAUGAUACUUUGCAUGCAUUUUGCAAAUCCUAG